GUUACUCGCGUCGUUCGGAUUUGUCGCUAUUUGGCUGUGACUACAUACUUCAAAAAUCUCAGCCCACUCUGACCGUUAUACUUCCGUUCUCGAGGAAUCGCGCAUUUGCUCCUUCAGCGUUCAGCAACAAUGGCUUCCUCUUCUCUCGCUCGCGUCCUUUCACGGCAGAUGCACAUGUCUGCACGGAGACAUGCCCUCACCAAGUUCUCUAUGCCUGCCAUGAGUCCCACCAUGACUGAGGGUGGUAUCGCCUCUUGGAAAAAGGCGGAGGGUGAAAAAUUCACCGCCGGUGACGUGCUGCUCGAGAUUGAAACGGACAAGGCUACCAUUGAUGUGGAAGCCCAGGACGACGGUAUUCUCGCCAAGAUUAUUGCUCCUGAUGGUUCGAAAAAUAUCGCUGUCGGCUUGCCCAUUGCCAUCAUGGCUGAAGAAGGCGACGACCUGUCAGGUGCAGCUCAAAUGGCUUCCGAGCCUUCGGCCCCAUCCCCUUCCCCAUCCCCACCCAAGGAGGAAAGCACACCUGAGCCUCCCAAAGCCGAGGCCCCCAAGCCUGCUCCAUCCCAGGCCAAGCCUGAGCUUGCCAAGGGCGAACGAAUAUUCGCAUCUCCCAUUGCGAAGAAGAUUGCUUUGGAACGCGGCAUCCCUUUGGCCCAAGUUAAGGGCACCGGUCCUGAGGGACGCAUCAUCCGAGAGGACAUUGAGAAGUACCAACCACCCGCGGCAGCAGCAGUCGCUACCACUUCUUCGGCACCUGCUGCUUCCCUUCCAGAAUACACCGAUAUCCCAGUUACAAAUAUGCGUCGCGUCAUUGGCUCACGUCUCACGCAGUCCAAGCAAGAGCUGCCCCAUUACUACGUUACCGUCCAGAUUAACAUGGACAAGACGAUGAAGCUCCGAGAGGUCUUCAACAAGACGCUUGGCGAGAAAGACAAAGCUGCUAAGCUCAGUGUUAACGACUUCAUUCUCAAGGCCGUUGCAUGCGCAUUGAAUGACGUGCCCGAGGCCAACUCGGCAUGGCUUGGAGAGGUCAUCCGACAAUACAAGAAGGCCGAUAUCUCACUUGCUGUUGCAACUCCCACUGGCCUGAUUACACCUAUUGUCAAGGAUGUCGGUUCAAAAGGAUUGGCAACUAUUUCUAGUGAAGCGAAGGCUCUCGCCAAAAAGGCUCGGGAUGGCAAGCUCGCUCCUCAAGACUAUCAGGGUGGCACGUUCACGGUGUCUAACCUUGGCAUGUACGAUAUCGAUCACUUCACUGCCAUCAUCAACCCUCCCCAAUCGUGCAUCCUUGCUGUUGGCACCACGCAGCCAACAAUCGUCCCAGCUCCUGAGGAGGAGCGUGGUUUCAAGACCGUGAACAUGAUGAAGGUGACGCUGAGCUCGGACCACCGGACGGUGGAUGGUGCUGUGGCUGCUCGCUGGAUGACUGCGUUCAAAGGUUACCUCGAAAAUCCUCUCACAUUCAUGCUCUAAAAAGUAAUGUUUUCGGGUCUUUGAGGUCUACCCAUUGUUUCUAGACUAGAUUACAUUUAUCACAUGCAUGCGUUAUGUUUU